GAGGAGCACAUUGCCGAGCAGGAGUCCGCGAUACGCGUGUGCUCGUACAACAACCCGUGACAGAACUUUAGCGCGUUCCCGUCGAUCCGCCAGCCUGGUGAAAAGAACUGUAUAAGUAAUCAUACACUGAAAAAUUAAAAAAAAAAUGUAACUUAGAAAAGAAACGAAAAAACACUUUGGAUGGAACCAGGUCGAUAUCCGUAUGUAAAAUAAAUAAGUGCCGUACAGUACGUGCCAAACCCAAUACGUAUGAACGCGACUAAUAAACAUUGUGGAGUAAAGUGAUAAUUAAACCACGUGGUAGAUUUUGUAAAAUUACAAAACAAAAAGGUUCAUACAAAUUAUCAUUACAAAUCCAAUAGCUGAGGUAUAUGAAGUCUUGUACGUAAACAAUCCCAUAGUAAAUUCUGUGUCAUUCAACUGAUACUAGAAAGCCUCUCUAUUUUUUUCUCCUUAAUUGUAAUCAAUUACUACCAUGUGGAAGCUUAAGGUGCGUGUUUAGAUUUGCGACCAGUUCCUAAACCAGGCUUAGGAAGAACGCGCGCGUCCGGGUCCGUUAAAUUUGUGUUCCGUUAAUUAACAAUCGAUUAAACACUAUAGUAAUUGUUUAGAAAAUUUUAUAAUUUUAUAUAUAACAAAUGAUUUAAUUUUAUAACACAAACGUCAAAUCGAAGACAUACUAAGGUAACCGAGUGAAUAUGUCAAACUGGACUGACUCCUAGUUAACUUUUUCUCAUUGGCCAGCAUAUUCGAGUGUAUAGACUGGAAUCAUUUGUCAUUCGUAACAGUAUAGAUAUGCAAAGUAAUUCGGUUAUCAAGAAACCAAGGAAAGGUAGACCGGCAAUUGUCACUAGCAGUUGGGAACUGUUAACGCAAGCUUCUACAAGGUUGGCAGAUUACUUACAAAAUGUGUGAAAGAAAAUUCACUGACUGACAGUCGUUGACAGAGACGUUUUUUUAAAUAUAAUUAUUAAAAAAAAAAUUGAUAUCAACGAAAAGGAUAUCAAGGCGUUGAUUAGGUUGUGAUAAAGGAGAGACUGAGGGGGACAAAAUUGUGCGAAAAGUCGGUAUGGACCUUAGUACGACACCACGACGCCCACCGGACGGCGUCGGCAUCUCUGAAUUGCAAAAGACACGGGUGGCUAAGAGCGUUUUCAGCAUACGUAGUCUGGUCGACGUCGAGGACGUCGAUUUGCCAGUGAACGACGACGAGCGUCUUCACGAGAAUUCCGGCCGUGGCAGCAGCGAGGCGGUCUCGCAGACGAGUCCAGGAAGUAGCUCGAGCAACUCCAGCUUGACCCAGGUGACCCAGGUGACCCAGGUGAGCCAGGCUCACCAGCCCCCGACAUCCGUGUCCCAGACUGUGCAGAUGGGUAUCUCGACGACGGAGGAAGUUAGACCGGACGAGGAAGGUGUUCAUCCUAGAGCGGCGCCUACGAGUCCCGAGAGCGAAGCUGAGGUCGACGAUUUCACGCCCAAGAGGAAGCAGCGUCGUUACAGAACGACGUUCACCAGCUUUCAAUUGGAGGAACUGGAGAAGGCCUUCUCCAGGACCCACUAUCCCGAUGUCUUCACCAGGGAAGAACUCGCUAUGAAGAUCGGUUUAACGGAAGCUCGUAUACAAGUCUGGUUUCAGAACAGACGGGCAAAGUGGCGCAAGCAGGAAAAGGUCGGUCCGCAAGCUCAUCCGUACAAUCCUUAUCUGGGUGCGGGAGCAGCACCGCCAUCUGCCGUCGUCGCUCCGACCUUACCAAAUCCGUUUGCGCAUCUGGGCUCGUUCGCACUGAGAAAACCUUUCGACGCCUUUCGAUUUCCACCCCUGGCACAUGGACCGGUCUUGCCUGGAGGUUAUCCGACGCAUCCUUAUCACAGAGCUCCGCCGCCGUUACUCCCGCCCGGGAUGCCGCUGCCUUACACAUCAGCCGCGUCCUUCCAGAGUCUCCUGGCUAAUAUAUCAGCAUCUCAGAGACCUAAGCUCGUUCGCAAUUCGCCGCCGCCACCUGCACCCGCCAUUGGGCUGCCGCCGCCACAGCCACCUGCACCCCCUACGGCCAGUUCACCCCAGGGAUCGCCUACCGGAAAUCCCACUGCUCUUCCUGACAUCGACAGGAGGACCAAUAGCAUCGCUUCGCUACGGCUCAAGGCUAGGGAAUACGAGCUGCAUUUGGAAAUGUUACGCAAGAAUGGGGACCUUAUCAGCUGAAUGGAAUUUGCGAAAUUUUUAUAACAUAAGCUCGACACUCCCUUUAUCACGUACUCUUUCUUCUGCUCUUUGGUCCUUCUUUGGAUUGAUCUACUAUGUUGUUAUUGAUUUUCUUUUUCUUUUAAUUUUGAAUGCGCCGGGUCGGUUGAUCUUUAGGAUUUAUUUGAAGAAAAACAAUUAUGAUAAAGCGUUGUUUCUGACGUUGGGGUUAAUUUCUUUUUUUUUUUUUGUUUUUCGAUUUAUCGCACACGAUCGAAUUUACUUGACUGUUCAAUACGUAUCGAUCAAACGUUAUUGCAGACUUUAUAUCUUCGUUUCAUUUUUACUGAAAUGGAAUUCGUAUCUUGUUCGAUAAUCGGAAUUUUUGAUAUUUACUCAAAAAUGAAAUAAGGCUAACUUCAAGCGUAACGUAACUUUCUCACGGCGUCUGAUCAUUAUGAUUGAGCAGUGUUUAUCCUCGGAUUCCUAUUUGACCGUCUGGAGCCAAAUAUUGUAUCCUGCCAAUUGACAGAAUUUCGAGCUACGCUCGACCACUCGUCGGACAGAGUGAUCGAUCAACGCUGACGACUUGAAGGACCAUUUGGGAAAGGAUUGAUUUGUUUUUUUUUGAGAGGAGAAAAUUCGAUCGUUUCCAUAUUGGUUCUCCGAGUGGUCGUCGCUUUUUAGCGAGGAUCAGGAUUAUCUGUCUGUGAAAAAAAUUAAAAAAAAAAAGUAAAUUCACGCAUACAGUUUUAUGUAAAAAUUCGAAAUUAUCAUUUGACAAAAAUUUGUUAAAUGAAACCUAAUGAAGGCAAAUUCUUGUCAGACUCUGCAUCCUGAAUAACUCACAGCGUAUUCAGGACGUAGAAUUGUUUUAUCUUGUGCAGGAGCGAUAUUCCGUUUGUUUAUAUCUUUUUUUAUUCCGUUUUACUGGGGGGGAACGAAAAAAUUUUUCCUAAUGCAAAAUCGUGCAAUAAUCGCGACAAUGUACGCGUGGUAAGUAGCGCGACCAAAUACGUAAUUGCUAAUUAUUCAAAUAAUUUUAGAUAUCGCGGAUGAUAUCUAUAGAGAAGUCUUUUUAUUGAUAUUAUAUGAGUCGUGUGCCUUAGAAUAUAUACACACACAUAUAUAUAAAUAUAUAUACAGUCCAGUAGCAUACCGCGCUACAGGACGUUUCAUUAGGGGCCUUACUUUACAUCCUUUAUAACAAAAGAAAGAAAAAGGAAAAAGAGUAAAUACAAACAGGCUGUCCGUCCAUAGAAAAUCAUCGAAAAAAUGUCCAAAAUCGAUAAGUCGCAAUAAAUCGAGUCGGACGGCGUCUCGAUCGACAUACAAAAAUGGUAUAUAAAAAUUUUUAAUAAUUUUUAAAAAUAUGUAAAGUAUCUCAUUUUGUAAUUUUUUUUUUUUUUUUUAAAAACGCCGACUCGAUAUGUGCGCUAAUGACUAUUUACUUACGAUUCAUAUUUUGAGGUUAGAUAACUAUUUAUACGCCCUAUAAUGAUAUUAUUAAUAAUAUUAUUUUCGAAAAGGUUUUCAGCUGCAUACUCAUAAGCUGUAUAUAUAGUAUUACGUCAAUGCGGAUGAGUGUAUUUGAAAUUUAACGAUUACCGAUCAAUCACCAUGUUAAUUAUUGCGGAUGAUAAAACUAUGCGGUUUGCGAGAAACAAAUAUUUUUGCCGUCCCUAUGAUGAUGACACUUCCGGUCAAUUAAUAAAAAAUCCCUAAAAAAUGUCCUGGAGGUAACUAUAAAAAAAAUUUGCCAUCCUCUAUAACAAAUUCAAUUUAAAAACAUAUCGAUAAGAUACAUGGAAUAUUUUGGAUAAUUGAAAAGAAAAAAUGAUUCUCACCAAUUCACUUCAAUAAUAUAACGGAUGUUCCUUAAACGUCAUCAUAGCUAUGAUAACCGGAAGUGAUAACAUCCUAUACCUCCAUCUUCCAUCAGACUCGAACCAAUAGUACUUUAAGAAUCAAAGUCCUACCUUACCGACCGCGAAAUAAAAAAAUUCGAAAAUUCGAUAGUACAUCAGACGGCACCGUGGUUGCUAAAAAUUUAAGAAAUUCGCAGUAUCAGCGUGCAUUGUACUUAUUAUUAUUAACCUUUAUCCAUUUUGUGAUGAGUAAAGCCUAUUGCCAAUAAAUAAAUAUACAAGAUCCCCA